GGGGGAUUUGCACCAUUUUACGCAUCCAUUUCCGUUUCCGGUUUUUGCGCUGAGAAGCGAUUGUAGGCAAAGAUGGUGCUUUCUCGUGCAUUAACGCCAGCGGUACGUGCAACACCGCUACUUGGAGCAAGUGUCGCGACUCGAUUGGCUGUGUCUGUUCGCCGAUAUGCCGAUUCACCGUCGGGACACGAUGAUGAACACGGUCAUGGGCCCAAAAAGCAACCUUUGCACAAGGAGGAAUGGUUGAAGGUUGCCCGCAACUGGCCCAACGAGUACCAUUACCCCGGCCAUUACCGGGCAGGAACAAUCGACGAGGUCUUCCCACCUACCAACAACUACGGCCACACAAGCGAGCUUCCCACCGGUUCCGAAACCCUCCAACACCCCGAAACCUUCUUCUCAGGCUUUUGGGUCAAAGUCUUCCUAGCCAUUGCUGGAACAGCUGGCAUCUACCGCCUCAACGAACACUACACCGCCGGCAAGGACGUGCACCCCAUCACCGAGUUUUUGUCAAAGUAUGAGAAUACUUUUCAGCUGAGCAAGCUCAAAAGGACACGGCCAAGUGGGUGGCUAUCAAGACGCGUGAGGCGGACGAUAGGUUAGUGGUUGCGGAGGGAUGGCAAUCAAGGCCGUACCGUAUCACGUUCCCAGGAAUGUUUGAGCGGGCUUCCGAUCAUUUGGUGGAGGUUGGAUCUCAGGUGGAUGUUUCGGAUGUGAAGAUUAAGCAUAGGUGGCAAGCAGAUGAUGAGUUGUUUGGACCUCCGUACCCAAAAAAUAAAUAGAAAUCCCGGGUUUGGCAUGGUCAAAGAACUCUCUUCUUCCAAGCAGAUGGAAUACUUAAAAAUACACGGGUGGUGGUGGUAAGGCGAUGGACAGAGACAUACCUUAACAACAUUUGUAUAAAUGUAAUAACGUCAUGAUUUGGCAGAAAUUCUAUGAGAGAGUUGAACUAGGUUCUACUCUUGUUAUUUGCGUCCACCCC